UUUACUUUCAAAUCUUGUUACGUAGGUGUUCUCUUUCCCCUCACUUUCUUUCACACUUUUCUCGGCAUUCUUUCUUCGUGUCUGAUUCUGCAGAGAAAUUUCUGCAGUGAAAGAACACAGAGAAGAGGAAGAGGAGCAGAGUGCGUUUACCUUUAGGUACGUGGACCCUGAUAAUGGAUUACCAAGCCUCCUCUUCUACUCUCUCCACUAAACUCUCCAAUGCCGACAGAGUUGGCUCAAAAACUGUGUACGACGGCGCUUUCUCUGCUCCGACCUCACAGUUUGGGGCUACAAAUUUAUCGUCCCGGGUUCUAGACUACGGUGAGAUAUUCACUUGCCCCGAAGCCUCGCGAGGUUCUUCGAUUCCGUUUCUUGACGUUCCUGCGCUGAAUGACAGCAACGUGUCGGUGGAUGUUCGGAGUUUUUCAAAACUCGAUUACUCCAAGGUUUUCGGUUCCUUUGGGGAAUCAGAUUUUUCCCUAUCAUUUGAGGAGCUUAUUUCUGAGCCAAAGACAAGGAAUGGCUUUUCUGAUAAGGAGCGGAAUCCAGCUGAAAGAGGAUCCCCUUUUGAAGGGGCAGAUCCUUCUGAUUGUCAAGAAAGAAAGCAGAUGUAUUCACAUGAAGCAUCUUAUCAUUCGUUUGAUGCUGUGGAGAAGCUCAGCAAGUCACGCAUUAAAAUCAGACAAGGAGGCAAAAAAGGAAUAAAUAGGCCAACCCAAGACGCUCAGCUUCAUGGUGCUCCUGGUUAUACGUGCAUAAUCAAUGAAAUGACUAACUUGCAGAUGAAUGAAAGCCAAAAGCCAGUACCUUCUGCAGUAAAUGAUGCUUAUCUGAAGAAUGAUUUAACCGAUGGGCUAAUAGAUAGUGUGCAUCCCACAAAAAUUGUGACAGAUCUUCCUGCUUAUGGUGCUAGCGAACAGAAAUGUGAAGUUGGCGUUGCACUUCAAAAUAAAUAUGAUGUGUGUGGGUCCAAUUCAAUUGAUAUGUCAUUUGGUGCGUCUGAAUACGACCAUGGACAUUUUUUGAAAGUUUCACCAUCUUCAAGCCCACUGUCCAAUUCUUGUGGUAGCAAGGGUGGUUCUGAGAAAUUGAUGGCUCCAAAGUUUGGGGCUCCUGGAAUUCUUUUUGAAGGUACUGGACAUGUCUCUUCGCCAACAUACUCUGAUGAGGACAUAGAUUCAAACUCAUUUGCCAUCGCCUCUGUGGUUGCUUUGAGGAAAGCAAUAAAGGAGGCACGAGAAAAGAUGGCAUUUGCAAAAGAAUCAAUGGCAAGAAAGAAGGCCGGCCUUCGAAAUCAUGCCAAUUUGAGUUCUAAUUAUGGCCUCAAAGCUGAGCUGAGAAGGCAGGGUAAAGCUACAGACAAGGCAAAGAGGUACAAGGAGAAGAAGGAUUCAGAGAUGUAUGAGAUGGAGAAUGCUGCAGAGCAAGCUUUUGCAGGUACAGGGGAGCAAAAUAUCAUACGAACGGGCCUCACAGUAGACUUUGGGAUCAGGAAGUCACCUUUGGGAACUGAAGCAGCUUUAGAAGAACAGUUUUAUGAACUUGUUACCACAGGUAAACAUGAAGAAGUAAUGUUAGAGUUUAAACAGGCAGAUAGCACAAAGAAAGAAGGCUUUCAGAAGGGCGAAUUAGAAUUAGGUCAACAGGUUCAUGAUCAGGAAGAAAAUGAGAAGAUAUUAAGAGUUGUUCUCGAGCAGGAAGAAUCUGAGAUGAAAGUUAAAGCAUCCCAUGUACAGGAAAAGCGUGGAGAGAAACUAAAAAUUCUCGAGGAAGUAGUAAAUCAUGAGGAAAAUAUUGAGACUCGAAAGUUUGAGGAAAAUGAAAACAUGAAGAGGCAGAUGAAGCCUCAGGAGUGGGUAGAAAAUGGAAAACAAAGAAAAGAGGAUUGUGAGGAGGUAGACAUUCAGAAGGAACAAGAAUAUGCCCACUGGGGGAAAGACACUGAAAAGAGGCUAGACAAAGUUCAUGAGAAAUUAGUAAUUGAGACGAGAUUUAAUGACAUCCACAAUGAGAAAGAAAAUGGGAAGAGUCUUGAAGUGAAUGGUGAUUUGGAAGGAAAUAAGAAGCUGCAAGAGGCUGGAGAAAAUGAGAAGUUGCAUAAAGGGGUUGUUUAUCGGAUUGAAGAUAAAGACACUAGACUAAAGGGGACUUGCAAAUGGAUAGAAGCUGAGAAGAUACAAACAGACAAUGAUCAGAGUGCAGAAGAUGGGAAAAGAUUGAAAGUGGCCCAAGAAGCUCUUAGUUGCAAGGAGAACAAUCUUGACACUGCUGAUGAUCAAUAUAAGCAGGAUGAAAGUAAAGACCUAAAUGAAAAUCAAAAAGUGAGUAGACAUAUUGAGAAUGAUAGAAGUGCGGAUGUAACGUUUGAGUUACCUGCACAUGAUGAGAAUGGAAGUAGAAUUGAAGUAAAUAAGGAUUCCAUUAAACUGGAGGAGAAUGUAAAAAAGGCAGACGGUGUUAAAGUUGAAAUUGAGGUAAGAAUGGCCGAAGAAUCCAUUUGUGAUGAGGACAAUCUUGAGAGGGUUGAUGAUGGAUUUAAGCAGGAUGGAAGUGAGAAGCUAAGCAAAAAUCAUGAAGCCAGCAGACAAAAAGACAAAGAUAAGGGUGUGGAAAUAACUUUAGAGGCACCUGCACAUGAAGAAAAUGGAAGUACAAUGGAAGUAAAUACAUCUUUCAUUGAACACAAAGAGAGUGGGAAAGAUUUAGCAGCAGUUAAAGAGGAAAAUGACAUGGAAGAUAAGGAGAUACUUGAAACAGUUGGUUUUACUCGAGAUGCCUGCAGACAAGCUGAGACAAAGCAGCAAAUGGAAGAUAUGAUAGAUACAGUUGUUUUUGACUCAGAAAGGGUAAACUUUGUUAAAACUGACAUGAGUGGGCAAAAGCAAAACUACCAACAUGAAGAAGAACACAAAAUAGCCUUCAAUCUGGCAGGGAACAUUGAGGAAUUGGCUCCUGAACUGGGGAAUAUGACUGUCAAGGAAGUUGAAUUUGCUGGAUAUCAGGAAGAAGAUGGGAAUUGUACCAUGUCUUCUCAAAAGGAAAAAUGGGUUUAUGGGAACAAGGUGAAAGCAGAUCCCGAAGAAGAUGGAAAUAAUUCUACCUCUUCUCAUGAGGAGAGAUGGGUUGAUGAUGGGAACAAGAUGAAAGCAGUUCAGCUUCCCAGCAUGUUCCUAGGGGAAGUAAAUAGCCUGGAAACAGCGCAAGAGAUCAAAAAAGCCCAGAUCACAGAAAAAGAUGGGACUCAUCAAUCGACCCUGACAAUGGAAGAGAAGGAAAGCAAUACUACUGAGCAAAAGGAUGUGGAAAUGGAAGAGGAACACUUUAAAAACAUAGAUGAAGUGCAAGAGAGGGAAAGAGAAAGAGAGAAGAUGGCUGUUGAAAGAGCCAUCCACGAGGCUCGUGAAAGGGCAUUUGCUGAGGCUAGAGAGAGGGCUAAAAGGGCUGCUGCUGAAGCUCAUCAAAAGGUGACAGCAGAGGCACGAGAAAAGUUAGCAAAUACUUCUGCGGCUAAUGAAAAGUCGUCAGCUGAGAAAGGUGCUAUCAAAGCCAGACUUAAAGCUGAACGUGCUGCGGUAGUGAGAGCAAAUGUAGAGGCUCGAGUACGUACCCUAGAAAGAGCAAUGUUCAAGAAGGCUGCCUUCAAGGCAAGACACCAGGCUGAAAAGUACUUUGAUGAGAAACGGCCUGGUGCAUUAAAAGAUAGAGGAAGGAGGCAUAGCUUUUCACCACAUUUGCGUUUCUCUGUUAAACAUGAUCCACAGCAUAAAGGCUCGAGUUCUACCAGCAAUACGAAAUACCCCAACUCUUCAAGUCGUGGUGAUGUGUCAUUCUCUCCCCACUCCACUGAGGGAUUUGAUGGAACUAAUGAUGAAUCAACUCAGGGGUGUAAAGCAAGGUCUGAGAGGCAUGAAAGAGUAGCAGAACGUGUGGCAAAAGCUCUUGCAGAGCAGAAUAUGCGGGAUCUUCUUGCACGGAAGGAGCAAGCAGAGAGAAAUCGAUUAGCAGUGUCACUUGAUGCUGAUGUCAAAAGGUGGUCAAGCGGGAAGGAGGGGAACCUGAGAGCCCUGCUUUCGACACUACAAUAUAUCCUUGGACCUGACAGCAGUUGGCAGCCAAUACCUCUUACAGAUAUCACUUCAACUAGUGCUGUAAAGAAAGCUUACCGUAAAGCUACUCUUUUUGUUCAUCCUGACAAGUUGCAGCAGCGGGGUGCAAAUAUCCAGCAAAAGUACAUUUGUGAAAAGGUUUUUGAUCUUCUAAAGGAAGCUUGGAAUAGACUCAAUGUGGAAGAACGGUAGAUAGGGACUGGUGUUUUUAUUUUGGCCACCUAAGCCAGAAUGCAGACAAAUCAGGACCGUUCAGGCAGCCAAAGCUAAAAAUGCAAGGAUGCAAAUGAAAGCACGCCAUGAACCAAAAGUCCCUUUGAGAAGAGAGGAAGUGCAGGCCACAAACUAUCUCGUUCAGUAGCUAAAAGGUGAAAUUCAACUUGUAACAUAAAUAAUCUCUUAGAAGCGUGUUUUGUUCAUCCAAGAGAGUAUAAAUGAAAACAGCAUGAGAUUUAUUUAUUAAGCCGAGAAAUUAACUAAUAAAUAAACCGAGAAGCAAUUUCUUUUAUUUAGGAACUAGCUGGCCUUCUUACAUACAUAUAUUAAACUUGUAAUUUACAUAUAUAGGAGUAUUCCUGCUAAUGUUUUA